CGUCGUUUGCCCCCAAAGCGCCUCCUUCCCAAAGCUCCCAAAGCGUGAAUGUACGGUCCGCGGGCCGCCAGUGGGGUCGGGCUGUAGCUUCUAACACCAACAUCAUACAGAGUGACCCUCCUGAUACUCUUCUGCACUCAAUAGUGUGCUAUUGUGGCUCUGCCCCCCAGCUGACAUACUGCUUAUAGCACAGGAAUGCACCAAAUCAUCAUGGCCAACUAUACACAGCAUUGCGAAGAGUACGGGGUCCUAGCAAUGCCAGAGGAUAGGAAGGGAGGCCGAAGGUUCCCGGAAACUUGCGAUCGCAAAAUUGAGGUCCACCUUUUGCGAUGUUUAAGCACCAGCCCAAGGGCGACUCCGAUCGAAUUGAACUAGGGGGAAUGGGUGCGACCGAAGAGUUCUGACAAUGUCAACGGAUGACUAGGCGCCAGAAUCAGGUAGUGGAUGUAUGAUCUGGGUGGAGAUUGGUCGGGGUAGGGCCAAUUGUAAAUUUGGUGUUGGCCCGGUCGUAGCGAAGGGAGCAGGGGUUUCGGAGAAUCUGGUUAAGUUUAAAUGGAGUUCCAGUGCCAGUGAAGCUAUAAUUAAGGGUGUUCACGACCAGCCACGGCUCGACCCCAGAUCGACCAGAAUUCCACGUCCAAAUUUUACAAAUCGACUCAUGACCUCGGCGUUCCCAGGAAGGCACGAGUUCUCGAAGCUCGGUGCGUGAGAUCGAAUGAGUUUAAAACUUGGAGGCAGGACUAUAUUUGUUAGUUCCGGGGGAUGGCGCGUCGAGGGACCCAGGAAGAGACCGAUUCGAGGGCAAUAAGU